AUGAGCUCAUUUCAAUCAAAUCACGUUUCAUAUGAAGGAACGGUUUAUUCAACCAGACCUGGUUUAGAAUUACAAGAUUUCCAAUUAGAAGAAGAUUGGAAUGGUAGACCUGCAAGUGAAUGGUCAGUAACUAGGAUUGGAAUAUUACAAUCAAAGAUUGAGAAAUAUACUUAUAAGAUUUAUCAUAGUAAUCGAUUUGGGAAACAUAAUUUAUCUAAACUUAUAGCUAGACAUAAACUCGUUGAGUUUGCUAAUGAGACUUUUGGAUUUGAUGGAUGGCAUAUGGAUGUAAUAGACAUAGAUGCAAGAGAACUAUUAAAUUCAUCUGCAAAGGUUAAUUUGACGAAAACGAUAGGAACCAAUACAAAUAAUAAUGAAAACAGUGAAGAUAAUGAUCGAAAACCUAAGAAGAUUGGGAUUAAGGAUGAUGAAGAAAGUAAAGAUAAUGAUAAUGGAGACCAUAAUAUAAAACAUACCGUGUUAGCUGAAGCUCAAGUACGAAUAACGUUAAAGGAUGGUACGAAUACACAAAUGGGAGGAAUUGGGAAAGCUACAAUGCCAUUUAAGGGAGAUAGUUUUAGUAAGGCUAAGAAGGAAGCAGUCAAUGAUGCUUUGAAAAAGGCUUUGUUAAGUUUUGAAAAGAUCAUACUAGAUUACGAGACAAAAGUAGAAAAUAAUUAUUAUGUUGAUGGAUUAUAUGUGAAUAAAAUCAAACAAACAAAUUUUGAAACUAUACAUGACAGUAAUACAAAUAAUAAUGAUAUUUCCGUACCUUCAAGGAUUAAACAAGAAGAGUUUUAA